GCUAGAGGCGCUCAUCAGCGUACAGCCAACGGAAUAGGCGCCAUGGGUUGACCCGGGUCCACAAUCACCAAAGAAAGCAACCGUUGUAGUCCUCCUCCUCCACAAAGUACAACACUUUCUUGUUCCUCCCCAACCAUGAACAACAAUUCAAUAAGCAUCAAAGCGAUUAUAGUUCGUGAAACUGGAAGAUAAAUAGGUUGUUCCACAGCUCUCAAGUCAAAAAUGUCUAUCGCUUUUCAGCCUGAUAGUAAUUCUCGGAUUGACAGGUUCCGCCGUGGUCGCAUACUCUGCCUUGAUUCCCUCACAGACGACAUCCUAGUUGAUCUACUCUUCUCGUACUUGAACGUAGAGGAUAUUCUUUGCUUGCGCAGGGUCAGCAAGCUUUACUUUAGACUUACUCAUGAACGCGUCAUCUGGACAAGGCUUCUCCGACGACUCAAUGGACUUCCGAUUCCCCCUUUCCCUCCAACCUUUCGCUAUUCCCUUCAGAACCUUAGCGCACUUGAGACAGAACGAGUGGUCACACGCGCUGUAUCGCUUGACAAACUGUGGCGUAUAAACACAAGAGAUUUUCGCUUACCCCAUGAGGCCUGGAGCUUCAGUGCUCACCAUCGCGUGCUUCAUAUGACACUCCUGCACGGCAGUCAAUAUCUCGUCGCCUCGGUCUGUGAUCGUAUGCAUCAACGUUUCUACCUCAUGGUAUUUGCCAUGGAUCACAAAUACGGUGGUGCAGUGCCUCUUGUCAAGACGCCUACCGAAGUGAAGGCCUUUGGUCUUCAAGCAAAAUAUAUGACUGUCCAAGGAACGCAAGGAAUAGUCGUAGCCUACCUUACUCGUCGCUUCAGGAAUCCAGCUCAUGCAAAAAUGGGCGUUGACAUCAACGAAUUUAGCGGCGAACACGUGAUAGACCCGCCAUACCCGCUCCAUUACGACUGCGACGCUCUAUUCAUCACACUCGAUUCCCUUGAACUCCUCGCCGACUGCGUGCAUCCACCAGGAUCCGCUAGAUUCAUAGAAUAUGCUUCUUCUCUGCCUCGCCCAUUCCGCCGACUUACACGACUCCGCUCAAAAAGUCCACUGGGCCCCAUCGUGCUUGAAGAGGUGUACGGCAGCCCUUAUGUCGGUGUCGUCAGGCGGCCGAAUAGUAUCUUAUUUAAAGAGCUGAACGGCGGCGCUCUAGCAGUACUAGAUUGCAAACUUAUUUCAGGUUCAGAAGAUUUGGAUCAUAAAAUUCUCAGCAUUCGCAUCUUGCCCGAGCAAAACGAAGUUCUUGUCGUCCGUCAUGUCGCACAUCCGCCCGAGCUCUUCUUUCCUCCCUCAACCGUUAUUGAACAAUAUCUUAUCCCCAUCAACCUCAGCGACGAAAGCAUAGUUGAAGAGUUUGCAGCUCGCGAUCGUCUUUGGAUAAACAACUACCACAUUACUGAAGUUCAAAUCAGCGAUCAUUAUACUCUUUCGGACUACGAUGCCACCGUCAGUUCAGAGUUGUAUCACCAAGUCUACAGGGCACGCCCGAUUACCGUGUAUGCGCAGACGAUAAUGCCCAAAGGAUUGCUCAGGUUCACCUUGUUCCCCAAGAAAGCUCCUCCCCACUGGCUCCCUCCGACCCCUGCGUCAUCCCCGAUGUCGUCGUUCAGCGGGGGUACCCCGUUAUUGAGGGAUACCUACAUCUACGACCUCCGUCACAUGUCUGUCCUUCGUAGGUUGAGGGGGAUAAACGAUGUAAACUACAAAGUCAUCGCAGCUUCAUGCCUACCCAUCAUUCAGAUUAUCGACGAGAACGAUAUCACCGCCCAUCCAAAAAUCUUCCAGAUGUAUCGCUGGCUUCAUCCGGAUGCUGACAGACUCGAACCUGCGACGCCUCAAGAGGAUGCGGAAUAUGCUGCCCAGAGGAUUCGCACUUUGUCAGACAUUGGCAUCAAUAUGAGCAGCAUAGAGAGGCUGGCGUGCUAUGCCUGGGAUGAAACAAUCGGGCGGUUGUUGAUGGUUCAAAAGGACGGUGCAACUGUCCACGUGGUCGACUUUGCACGAACACGCAGAUUAGACUUCCGUGAGGAACGAGUGCCCAUCGAGAUUUUACGAGACCGAGAUCCAAAUUCGGUACCUUACUAUUACGGCGGCACUCAGUUGUUCUCAGACGAUCCGAAGAUGGCCUAUGUCAACUGGAACGACCGAACACUAGAGACAAAUAGCUUGUCAGGACGGACGGGCGUGCAUGUAGUAGUGCUCUGCGAGGAUGACAGGAAAGAUCGAAGUAUACAAUAUUGCUGAGGCAAGUAAAAAGGAAGAGACAAAUGUGAAACGAAUGGCAAAGUACUAGACAAAAAGUUACAUAUCGCCAAUGAGAGUGUGAAGAACCCAUCUA